GCCUGCCGCCCGCCGCCCGCUACUGCAGGCGGGCUGCGCACUGAAGUUUCUCUUUCCUUUUCUCUUUCAGCGGAAGGCGGCCUUGGCGUCAAGGCCCCUGCGGCAGUUCGUCCCACUGGCUGGCGGGGGUCCUGGGCCAGCCGCCAGGGCCGGAGGCGUCCUGAUGAGGAACACGGAACCUCCUUGGGGCUGGGGGGCCCCUUCUAGGAGACCAGCGCCCAAAGCCGACGUCUUGCGGCUGGCGCUGUAUCUCCUCUUCCUGGGAUCCCCCCGCUGCGCCCCAGCCCUGCCAUCCUGCAAGGAGGAGGAGUUCCCGGUGGGCACCGAAUGCUGCCCCAAGUGCAGCCCGGGCUACCACGUGAGGCAGGCCUGCGGCGAGCUGACGGGCACGGUGUGUGUGCCCUGCCCCCCGAGGACCUACACCGCCCACCACAACGGCCUGAGCGAGUGUCUGCCGUGCCGCGUGUGCGACCCAGCCAUGGGCCUAGUCACCAGGCAGAACUGCUCCAGGACGGAAAACACCCUGUGUGGCUGCAGCCGCGGCCACUUCUGCGAGGAUGGUGACCACUGCGCCGCGUGCCGGUCCCACACCUUGUGCCCCCCAGGCCAGAGGGUACAGGAGAGAGGCACCGAGAGGCAGGACACGGUGUGUCAGGACUGCCCCCCAGAGACCUUCUCUCCCAGCGGGAGCCUGGAGGAAUGUCAGCCCUGGACCAAGUGCAGCGGCUGGUUUACGACAGAGACACCUGGGACCAGCAGCUCAGAUGUCACCUGCUCCUCGAAGACGCCGCAGCUUCUUUGGGGCCUCAUUUUUGUCAUUGCCAGUGUUUUCAUACUUGGCCUGGUGAUAUACAAACGGAAAAGAAGAAAGGCCAGCGGUGCCAAGGCCAAGGUAAUGGUCUUCCCAGCGGGAGGCACGGGACACAGAGGGCGAGGCCACGGUCCUGCAGGCCCCGCCGGACGUCACCACGGUGGCCGUGGAGGAGACGGCACCCAAGUUCCCAGGGAGGGACCCAAACCGCUGAUCCACAGGCUCUGGGACCAGACCUCUGAGGCAUCUCAGGCGACACCUGCUGAAACCUGCAGUCCACCUGGUGGGACCGCGGGAGCCAGGCGAGCCCGGUGGCCUCUGCCCUGGACGGGCUCAGGCUCCAGCCUGCGGGAGAGAUGGCACCGCCGGGGCUGCGGCUGCCACGCACCGCACUCAGUCAGACAGGGCCAGAGCCCCUCACCACAACGCUAGCUUCCCAGCCAGCCCAGUUCGGCCCAGCCCCGGCUCCCCGCCUUCCUGAAUCCUGCCAGCCUCCGCUGCCGCGGCGCGUGGGAGGUGGCGGCAGGCACUACCUCACGGGCAGGAGCAGGCUGGCUGGCCCUGAGCAUGGCAUUAAACGAACACCCUGUUGUUUGAAGGGCAUUUCUAACUUCCAUUCGAAUUCAGCUCCUUGUUGCUAUUUAUCAAGAAAGUGUCUCCGGGAGACCCUGUGAGACUCGCAAGGUCCUGCUGCUCACUGCGCUCUUGUCUGCCGACUGUUCUUCCCCGGGCAGCGAUCACGGUGAGGUGCGCCCGUCACCACGCGGGUGUCGUCGCUCUAGGAUUUCACCGGGGGCGGUGGGGAAGGCACACCCCCACGGCUGUCACAGGAUGUGUGCUCAGGGGCACUCACGCGGCAUCCGCAGCCCCAGCAGACGCGGCCGCGCCAUUCUCGUCCGUCCCUUCUGCCCGUGCGACCCGCUCCCCGACAAAACCUGCUCCCGCCGCUCAGAGCACCUUCCCUCCGGGCUCCUGGAGGACACAGAGCCCUCCUGGAAUUGCCCUCAGGAGAGUCCCGCGCUGACUGGGGUUCGGUCGUGGGUGCAGGUCCUCUUCUCUGUGGCUUCAGGCUUUGUGGUCCAAAUACUGUGGACGGUGACGUGGGUCAGUUUUCCUUUCGUCUCUUUUUCAGUGUGGUUGUUGCGUUCAUUCGAAAUAGCAUUUUACUCACUAUCUGAGUAUGAAUUCUGUCUGCAGUUCUGUGUCCACCCCCGCUGACUCUCUGUCAUCUGGCUGAUGCAUCUGUCUACCUAUUUGCUUCCUAGUCUCUGGAACAUUAGCAAGGGCUUAGACGUCCGUGUCAGUGGUCUAGACGCUGCCACGAGAGGGCAGAGAUGGGCAGCUUGGUGACUGUGCUGUCCGCAGAAUCCCGCCCUAAGCGAGCGAGCGGGCGAUGGACAAGAACUCGUGCACUGGGACCGUGUCCAGAGCCUACGCCGUGGGCACGAGGACAAGGACCAGCCGUGCAGGGGCCACCACACGAAGGGCUCGGUCCGGCAGGAGGUCGUGCCAGUCUCCCGUGUGCACUCGCCUAUGGACACCCAGCCAGCCCGAGGAGGGCCGGCCCCACGUGUAGUCACGGCGGGGGCUGUGACGCUGCUCUGGGGCUGGACGGAGCCAGCAGACUGAAGACCAGCAGGGACACAGGAGGCCUGAGCUGCAUGUUCAAACCACUUGCUUUGUUCCGCUGACGCACAUAGAACACUCCGGAUGCGAGCCCGCACACCUGCUCUCAGGCGUCCCCGGUUGGAGGUCGUGCUGGGUGCCAGCGUGUCUCCAGGAAUGGAAGAGCUCGGCGAGUGCGUGGGGGGGUGCUCCUCAGGUAGCCUCUGGCCCCCAACCGUUCAUGCUACCUGAGGCUGCUGGAAGGCCCUGGAGUGUGUCCCCUGUGCCCCCCGGGCAUGUCCCAGGGGUCCCCAGAGCGAGUGCGCUUAUGGCCACAGCGCCCUGGCCACAUGCAGCGUGCACUUGGAGUCCUCGGGGACCCCUGCUGUUUGCAACCCGGCAGGACACGACAGGACGCCCGUUACAGUGUUCAGACGUGUUGCCGUCGGGAGGCUCCUCAUCCGGGGCGGCCACUUCCUGGAGAGCGAGCUCACCUGGUGUGUGCUGUUUUACACGACCCGCUGACACUCCAGGACACCAUCGCUCUGCCCCAGUGGCCAAGGGCCCAUCCCAGGCCACUAGGCGCAGCCCCUGCACCCAGAACCCGCUGAAAUUGUUCAAUCCUAACCCGCUGACCCCGCCUCGCCCAGCCCUUCCUGAGGAACCCACAGAAUAAACCACAGAA